AUUCUCAAAGCUCAUACAAAAACAAACAAUUCAGAAAGAGAUCAUCAGAAAAGAAAAUAAAUUUAAUUAAUGGCAGGAAGACAGCAAAUGAAAGGAACAGGCUUCGGGAUUCAGUAUGAGGACCUUGUCCCCAAAUCCGAAUGGAAAGAUCAACCUGAAGCCACUCUUCUCACCAUUGAUCUUCCAGGUUUUGCAAAGGAGCAAAUAAAGGUAACUUAUGUGCACACCUCGAAGAUGGUAAGAGUCACCGGAGAACGUCCUGUGGCUGAUCGGAGAUGGAGCCGUUUCAACGAGGUGUUCACUGUUCCGCAGAACUGUCUCGUGGAUAAGAUCCAUGGGAGCUUCAAGAACAACGUCCUCACCAUCACCAUGCCUAAGGAGACGAUCACGAAGACGCCUAAUCUUCCAGAAGCUUCUAAGGUGGAGAAGCUUGAGGAGAAGAAGUUGUUGGAAGAAUCCAGAAGGAAAGAGAAGGAAGAAGAGGCCGAGAAGAAGAAGAAGCUUCUUGAAGAGAAAGAGGGACUAAUUAGGACGCUGCAAGAAGAAGCUAAAGCAAAAGAGAUGGCUGAGGCGAGGAAGCUACAAGAAGAAGCUAUAGCAAAAGAGAAGGCUGAGGCAAGGAAGCUUCAAGAAGAAGCCAAAGCAAAAGAGAAGCUUGAGGAAGAAGCUACGCUAGAGAAGAAGAUCCAGGAGAAGAAGUCUGUGGAUGAGUCUGGACGAAAAGAGAAGAUUCUAAAACCAGAACAUAGAAAGCUUCCAGAAGUGGUGUAUACAAAAUCUGGGACCGGGUCUGGGACCAAAUCCGGAUCUGGAGGAGUAAGCGAGGUCGUGAAAUCAGCAGAAGAGAAAUUAGGUUACUUGGUGGAGAAAGAAAAGAAAAUAGGGAAAGGGAUAAUGGAGAAAAUAAGGGGAAAAGAUUUAACAAGCGAAGAGAAGAAGAUGAUGGUGAAUGUAGGAGUGGCUGCUCUUGUUAUCUUUGCUCUUGGAGCUUAUGUUUCCUAUACCUUUUGCUCAUCGUCCUCUUCAUCUUCUUCGUCUCCUUCUUCCUCAUCACCUUCUACCAAACCAGAAUGAUAUAUGUCUUAAAGAAGUUGUGUAAAGGAGAACUUUUAUACUUUGUAACUGUUGUAUACUUUGUGAAAUCUA